UUGGAUGCCUUCUUCUUCCGGUAUUGACAGCUGACGUUUGUUGUUAUUGGUGUCCAUAAGGGUUUGGUGUUAUUGGAUAUACAGCAGAAUUAUCCUUUUCUAGUGUUUCUGGUGGUUUGUAAACAAACAUGGCAUUAAAGGGUAGAAAAUCUUCCAGCAAAAAUCCUCCAAUAUUAAGUCACGAAUUUGUUAUUCAGAAUCAUGCAGAUAUUGUGUCAUGUAUUGCUAUGGUGUUUGUAAUUGGGCUUAUGGUCCAGGUAACAUCACCUUUUGCAUACAUGUUCAUUGGUGUUCAUCACAAUGUAACUAGAGAGCAAGAUGGUGUAAUAAGUGAAGCACCUGAGGUGAUACGUUACACCUAUGGCUGGAAAGAUGUUUGUGCUGUAUUCUUUUAUUUUCUCAUCUGCAUUGUGAUGCAUGCCAUCAUUCAAGAAUAUAUCCUCGAUAAAAUCAGUCGUAAGCUGCAUCUGUCUAAAGUGAAACACAGCAAGUUUAAUGAAUCUGGCCAACUUCUCAUCUUUUAUGUAAUGUCAGUUCUCUGGGGUGGAGAUGUGAUAUUCAGGGAGAACUAUGUCUUGAAUAUCUCAUCUUUAUGGGAAGGCUAUCCUCACAAUGAAAUGGUUUUCAUGUUUAAGUUCUUUUUCAUUGUCCAACUGUCAUAUUGGCUACAUUGCUAUCCAGAACUGUACUUGCAGAAGACAAAACGUGAAGAGAUGCCAGCACGCAUAACAUAUGCCACUCUUGGACUAAUAUAUAUCCUUGGUGCUUAUCUGCUCAAUUUCUCCCGUGUUGGUAUUUGCCUUGUGGUUCUGCAUUAUACAUCAGAAGCUCUGUUCCAUGCCGCAAGACUUAUCUAUUUCCUUGACAAGGCUGAAAAUGGCAGUAAAGCUGGAUACCUGGUAGCAAAUGCAGUUUUUGUGUUGGUUCGUCUGGGUUCUAUCAUUCUGUCUGUCCUUACAUUCUGGUAUGGUUUGUCUCUGAGCGACAACCAGGGUCUGGACGUUGAACGUGGGAACUUCAACACUCAGAUCAUCAGAAUAGCAGCGCUUGCAGCUGUUUGCAUACUUCAGGCCUGGCUCAUGUGGAAUUUCAUUACAUUCCACCUGAAGAGAAUGAGGGAGCUGGAACCAGCCCAGCCAGUUGCUCGCAAACCAAAGCAAGAGAAGAAGUCUGCCUCGAAGAGGAAGAAGGAGGAAAACAAACGCAAUGUAGAAGAUGAUGAAUUGCCAGAAGUGGAUCAGAACACAAAUAAGUCACUGCGAUCUCGGGCUACUGCAGCGAAGUCAAAAUGAAAUGCAUGUAAGAGUCAUCCACAUUCUCCAAGAGAAAGCAGAGAUAAAUAAAGGAGUGACAGACAUCAUCAUGCCAUUUUUGUGCUUAACACCUUUCCCUUUUCCUGUUUUUUUUGUCAAAUUUUGUUAUGUCAGGGUUAUGUAUGUAGGUGUCAUUCUGUAUUUUUAUUUUCAUCACAUAAUAUGUAUGUACUUCUUCCACCUUUCUGCCUUCUGAUCAUAAUGUGUGUCAUUAAACUGAAACAUUAUUAUGCCAUCCGUUGUCAGUAGACUAGACCCUUGUAGAAGUGUAAGCUUAUGAAACUUCUCAGAAUGAAAUAAAAGCAUAGGACCUGGC